CUCAGUUGAUUUCAAACCAUCAUUCUGUCUACAACAAUUUAAAAUUGUCAACUUCAAAGACGUUCAUCAUGAAGAUUAUUUCAACAGCUUUGGCUCUAAUUUCAUCAUCUUUAAUACUUGUAAUUGCAAGUAGCAAUCUUGACAUCGAUUUUGCAUCAGUCAUCUAUAAAAUUCAAUCGAUUCAUAUGAAAAAAGGUUCAGUCGAUCCACUUCCAAUAAAAUUUAUCACAUUUUUCAACCGCGACUGUGUUAUUCAAAAGCUAGGCUUAAGCAGUGUCGACAAAAGUAAAAUUUACAGCAUUAAAAACUUGAAAGAAUUUAAAAAUGCAAGCUCCAAAAAUAAGAAAAUUCUGACUGCCGUUGAAGAUGCUGCUAAACUUUGUGCACGAGAUUCAAUUGAUUCAAAGGACAUCGGACUUUUUCACACAGUUCAACUCCGCACCUUCUCUCAACAAAUUGACUCAUCAGAGCAUGGAGGAUGUCCAAUUAGAAGAGGAUGUCCAAUGUUUUGAACUUUAUUUUAGUCAACUGAAACUAAAUUGGUCAGUUCUUGAUCGCUUGAGGCAAGCACCAUGAAAUGUACAAUUUAUAAAUUGAUCUUUGGAUUUAGAAAACUUGGACGGUCAUGGAAAAACUCUGCAAUAAUAAAGGAAAAGAAACUCUCAUGAAGAACAUCAACUAUAAAAAUACAAAAAUUAUCAGUUAUCUGGCAGCAAUAGGUGCUUAAAGAUGAGACAGUUUUGAAAUCAAAUGUCAAAAAAAAUCAUAUUGAUAAUAUUUUAGGAUUUAAUGAGAGAAUUUUUUAAGUGUGAGACAAAGCUAACAAGCUAGUUUUGGCAAUAAAUGUCACAUAACAAU